AACAAGUAGAAGUCAAAAAGCCCAAAAAGUGAAAAGGUUCGGAAGCCGAACAGGCGAAAGGUCGACGGCGUUCUUGUCGCUGCCAGAAGUAUGCAAUGUGUGUAUUUGUGUUCCUCUGCAGCACUCGAUGAAAUUGCGGAGGCUGAUUGGGAAAUUAGUCAAAAGAAAAAUGUUUUCGUAAAUGUUGAACGGCAACCUAUAAAGAUAUCUAUUGAAGACCCCAUAGACUUUAUGUCAAAAAACCACAUUAUUGCACCAUCAUUAGCAGACUUUGCAUCACGAUCCGUGUUUUUUCCUCUCUCGCCGGCCGAGAAAGAGGACAGGGACACCGCCCUUGAACCUGUCGAAUUACAGCCAGUAUUAUUGGCCGUAUCUGAUCCCAUUCCAAACAAUUCCGUGUCCAAACACAUUCCAAGGAGCUUUCUGCCCGACUUUAUCCUAGUACCAGCGCCUACCAAGCGUCCACGAGGACCUCGUCUUCCGCCAUGGCUAUGCGACAUGAAGAAUCUCAUCAGAUCUCCACGGCCGCUACCAUUCCUGCCUUCUCAUACAAAACUAUUCAAGCCACCUCUUCCGAAACGAGGCCGAUCGGAGAGACAAUGGGACGCCGGAGCUCUGAGGCCUCCCAGUGUUGUAAAGCUGAGAUGUGCGCAAAGGAGAAUGGAGGCAACUCGAGAGAUGGAGCGCGAGAGGCAGAAGAUGAGGGAGCAGGGGGAGAUGGCCUUGAAAAAGAGGGGCGGCACAAUUUAUGGGGAGUUCAAAGUAUCUGCCUCUAGCCUACCAACUGCGGCUUCAGCAGCAGAAAAUACCGGGGUGGAUAGCACGUACCAUAGCGAGAAAAAGUCAAAGUCUACGACUUAUCGGGUGUACAAAUUAGCUUCAUUUACGCCGCCCUCCUCCCUGCCAACUGCAGCAUCGACGUCAGCUGGUCGUUUGAAAGAUGUGCUAGUGACAGUGAAAGGCGGUUCUGGUAGUGGCGAGUGGGAACCGUACGUAAAGCACAAAAGAGCAGAUUCAGCAUAUGAUGACGGAGCUGUGGAGGGGCCCUACACAAGAACCUCAUCCAGAGGUUCGAAGUGA